UAUGAACUAUGGAGCGAUAACCGAAAUAAGAACAACGGAGACACAAACGCAACUCGUUUUUGAUUCGUUUUAUGGUUGACCAUGGUUCAGUGGCAGCUCGGCACUCUGGAGCAUCUGAUGAAGUCUGGGUUUGGUUGUCCUUUUCCACGACAUGGCCUCCAGCUCCUGUUUUGGUUUGCUAACAACUGUGUGACCUGUAAACUGGAUGCAUCUGUGAUGGUUGUGAAGCUGGUGUCAGACUGUCAACCAGAGCUAGGCGUCUUUGGGUUCCACCGAUUUGGCAACGCAGAGGCGCUUCUGCCUGUCCUAAGCAGAACCAAAAAGAAGAAGACAAAGAGAGAGGGACAGGUCGAAUAUUAUGAAGUUGGCAACCUGAACACACAAACUUACCCAGAUUCGGCCAACCUGCCGACAUAUGUGAGAGAACAGUACGAGUUGAAUGUUUACAGCAGCAAAUGCAAUACGGACCGACUCAUAAUCCGUUACCAGGUGAGAACCAAGGUGGUGGAGACCAUGUAUGUCACUGAGCAUGAUGCCAACAACUCUGGUGGGUUUAGUUUUGACAAGACUUAUGAAAUCAGCCCUGAACUGAUCGAAGCGCUGCAGAGCUCACAACUAGAUAUCACCACCUUUCUCACCCAGAUGGGUUACUAUGGAGAUAUAGAGAUGGCUUACGAGAGCGAGCAGAUAAACUGGCCAGAACGUUCAGCUCAGCAAAUGCUACAGGCCUACCAUGGAGCUUCAGCGAGCAUGGGCCAGAUGGAGGCCCUGUUCUCACAAAUCUUCAACCAGAAAAUAGACACUGAACCUGUCAACUAUGACCAACACAUUCCCUACAAUUUCAACCUACCCUCACCCAACAGUCACUUUGUGGUUGACAGUAGCACAAAGCAGUCUGCCCGCACGAAGUCCAAUAAGAAACAAAAAGCUCUGGUGAAAAGCUAUUGGGUGUCUUCAUGGAAUCAGCCUAAAGGAUCUGGCGAAGAAGCCAAGAAAUGGACAGAACGUACCUUCGUCAAAGUUCUCCUCAGUGCUGGAGCCCUCUAUCUGGCAAUCAAAUGUUUCAGUUGGCUUAAAAGUUCCUGGAAGAUGUUGUGGAGUGAAGGUCACACAAUAACUCCACCCUUCACUCAAGUUCAUCGAAAUACACCUAUUAUGUUGGAUUAUGUGUAUUAAAUCUUAGAAUGUGGACUUUUAAAACUGUUGUACAGUCAAAUUUUAUGCCGGAUGCCUUUUCACAUUACACGGAGAAUGGGCACACGUUUGUGAACUGGGAACUUUGUUUUGAAAGGAAGUACACUGACCAUUGACCACUUAAGCAUCAUGCUGCCUGAAAUGAUUAUAUAGUGAGUUCCAAGUAUUCUUUACAUUUAUAUAUGCCACCUUAGAUAGGGGUACAUAACAUACAUGUAUAAUUUGCACUGGAAAUUAUCUGGAGUGAUGUCAGGCAAACUCAGAGCUUUGGCAUAGGUUCAUGCAGAAAGCAUGCUAUGCUGUUUUAAAUAUUUCACCAAACAUGAAUGUGGUGGAACUCUAAUGAAGAAAACUACAAUAUUUCAGAAUAUGAAAAUGGCAGCACGGUGCUUAGUGGUUAGCACUGUUGCCUCACAGUAAGAAGGUAAUGGGUUCAAUUCCCACCUGUGGCCUUCUGUGUGGAGUUUGUAUGUUCUCCCCGUGUUUGCGUAGGUUUCUUCUGGGUGGUCUGGUCUCCUCCCCAAAAGAGGUCUCAAUCUCAAUGGGACUAACCUGGCUAAAUUCAUUCAAAAUGAAUGAAAACACAUUCAACCCGACAAAAUCAGACAAUGGAAUGUUGCCAUUGUUUGCCAGCUAAACACACUUGUUCAACAUAUAGAUGAGAAUAAAUAUGAAACUGUGACUUCAUAAACGUAGUCAUGGGAGAAAACACAUUUUAUCUUCUUUGUGCACUUUCUCUCUCUCUCUCUCUCUCUCUCUCUAUAUAUUUUAUUCUUUUGGCUGUUACCAUUUUACCCAAAGUUACCAGAGUGGAUGCAGUACUGAUCUGAAUGUAGACUUGCCGGAAAGUUGCCCUAUAGUAGAUGGACAAAAAGACUGGGACACAGGUGGGCCUUGUGUCCCUAGAAUUUCUUGCUGAGAGGCAAAGAUGCUACCACUGUUCAACCACGCCACCUUUACCAUCCACUCUAUAGUCAAUUUAAUUACAGCAUGACAAUCAAGAUGCAAAAUGUCACACACACCAGGCUACAAAAACAUUAAAUGUGGUCACUUUUUUGUAUUUAAGUUUCAGAAAACAGUUAACAGAUUUAUACAAAGCAAAAAAAAAAAAAUCACAAAAAAGUAGCAAAAUUGAUAUCCAUUUACAAAACUGAAAUAAUGUUUAUAUUUAAAACACAUUGAAGCUUUCAUGGAUGGAAAAUAAGAGUAUUUCUAGAUAUAAUUAAAAAUUGUAACUUUUUUAAAACCUACAUUGGCCCAGCUAUCAUUUAGAACAAUAUGUUUAGCCAAAGGGUGGCAGCAAAGGUUAUAGAAUCUGAUCUGCCCGACAACCCACAUAAACAUGCACUGUUGAGGGAAAAAUAGCUUCUCUAUGAAUAUGUAUUGAUGCACAUAUUCAAUUUGAAAACUAUAUCAGCUAAUUAUCAUAUCUCUAUUUAAGAGUGUUAAAGUAAAGUGCCUGGUUAGAAAACGAAGAGCGUGUACUCAUCUGACAGAAUACUCAACCAGCCUGGAGCAAGCUGGCAAGUUGGAAAGUCAAAACCUACAGAGAUGAAACUUAUGAUGUCUGGGACUCCAGAUGAGCUUGCACCCCCUUCUGUAUUUGGUUCAAAAGAACAUUGUUUUCCUGAAAGCUCUGCAACAGACCUGUUUUUAGGGGGGAAAAUAAGGCUUGUAAGAUUUCAGAACAUGUGUUUGUAUGAAUGAGUGUGUUUAUUGAUUUAUGUUGUGUCGCCACGUACCAGGAUGUUUGACUGUUCGAAGGGCAUUGGGCAUCUUAUUGACAUUUGCCAUGAUCUCUUUCCAGGACCUAUCAACCUUAAGGAACAUUUUGUACUCAUCAAACAGGUGUUGCAUAAUGUCAAA